UGCUCAGUGCGAGCAAUCGACAUGUCGUAAAAUACCCUAGGUUACUCUUCAGCGGCAUUGCCUGCGCUCUCCUCAUCGCGGAGGGCGUCAUGGCCCAAACAAGAUCCUAUGCUGCUUGGGCAGCAGAGUCCGCCAUGCGCCGUGGACAGGGCAGGGGCCUUGAUGCUUCAGGCAAUUCCCUGGUCAACUACGAGCACGGCGAACUGCAGUGGGCCUUGCGUCUCCUCUACGAACGUACAGGAAACCAGACAUACUACGACUACAUCUUGAGCGGCGCCAACAAUGUCGUUGCCGACGACGGUACCAUCGGUGGCAGGUACUUGCUCUCUGACUACUCCUUGGACCCAUUGAGGACGGGGCCAACAUUUUUGUAUCUGUACCAGCAAACCAAGGAGCAGAAGUGGAAGACCGCUGCCGAUACCUUCAAGAAGCAACUCGAGACUCAUCCCCGCACCGCUCAAGGCCAAUUUUGGCACAAGAAAAUCUACCCAUACCAAGGUUGGCUCGACGGUAUCUACAUGGGCGACAUUUUCUACGCCCAGUAUGUAAAAGAUUUCCAAUCGACCAACGUUACAGCGUGGGGUGACAUCGUCAACCAGAUUGCCAAUCAGGCCUUGAUGUCAAUUCAAGUCCCAGGAGUGCAGAACUACAACGGGCUGCUCUACCACGGCUACGACUAUUCGAAGAAGGCCGUCUGGGCUGCUUCUGACCGAGGGCACUCGCCCGAGGUGUGGAACCGCGCUCUGGGAUGGUAUAUGAUGGCGCUCGUCGACGUGCUUGACAUCCUUCCGGAGGGCUCAGGCCGUCUACAGACCCUUAACAUCGUCCAAACGCUUGCGCCCAGGAUUAGGGAUGUUGCGGAUAAGGACACCGGCGUCUGGUGGUUGGUCAUGACGCAACCCGGCCGGGCAGGCAACUAUUUCGAGAGCAGUGGGUCGGCGAUGUUCGUCUACUCGCUUUUGAAGGCCGUCCGCAAGGGUUAUGUCGCCGAUUACGAUGGGAGCAUCGUAAAGGCUGCUACGAAGGCCUACAACUACAUGACAGCGAAUUGGGUUAUCCCCAACCCCGAUGGCACCAUGGGAUGGACAAACACUGUUAUGGUCGGAAGCCUGUCCGGUGCCGGUGAUUAUCAGGACUACAUCUCUGUGCCGACUGUCUUGAACGACUUGAAGGGGUUGUCGGCCUUUAUCCUGGCCAGUGUGGAAUUCGAGACUUUGUCAUCGUAAG